GAAUGAGUUGCACUAUGUGCAUUUUUGUCUAUUUGAUUGAUUGCUCAGUCCACAUUGUUUCUCAGAAGCGCCAUGUCAGCUUCCACCUCGCCGUCGUCGUUGUUCGGGGAAAAAGUCGCAACCAACCUGACCAAGCGGUCGACGGACGACGGCCAAGUCCCAUCCUCAUCCUCAUCCUCAUCCUCAUCAUCAUCGUUGCUUGUUGAGGCGCUGCGGUCGGUGCCUGCAGCAACGCUUGAGGCGACGCGAGACGCGGUCAUUGUCGCUUUCAUGGACACGUUCGACGCGUACCUCAGCAUGCACGACAGUCUGCUCGGCAGCUUCAAAGAGGGACACUUUUCAAUCACCAAGGCGCGUCAUGCAAUGGGCUCGAACUGGAUUUACCCGCCACAAUUUCCUGCAACAAUCGCACCAGGACUGGGUGUUGUGAUGGACGAGCAGUCCCAGCAGAAAGAAGACACUGAUGCCACCCCAACAGGUACACUCGAACUGCAUCCAGAGCUGCGUUCUCAGCUUCCGAAAGAAUUCAUUGCCGCUCUCGCCGCGCCGUUGGUUUCUGUCCAGGCGAUCUCGCGCCAGCCGCCUUCUUCAGCCACGACAGAUGCCGCCGAUCAAGAUAAGGGUCAACUGCGUCAGCGAAAGGAUGGUGGAUCGAGUGCCGCUGCAGCAUCUGCUUCGGAAUCAAAACCGGCAACCAAACCACCCAAAGUUGCUCCUGGCUUUGCUGAUCCGUUGCGCUGGUUUGGCGUCUUGACUCCAAGUUAUCUCAAAGACGCACAGGCGAACUUUACGCAAGCGACGCAGUAUGCAGUGCAAGUUGCCGAGUUGCGCAUUCGACUCAUCAGUUUGCUUGAUGUGUACGAGAGUUUACAAGCCAUUCUUGGCCAGCCUGAACACUAGCUGUGGCGCCCACCAAACCAUUUCCGUUUUGUUCAACACAUUGAUGACUAAUACACUCGUUCAAUGACAACAAAGGCACUUUUUACACACGCA